AUGAGGGAGGGUAAGGAGAUGGGUGGUAGGAUCACUAGGAGGCCAUGGUCCGAUCUUCCAAAGGAACUGUUGGAAAUCAUAGCAGACUUUCUCCUUAGCAAAGUCGGUGUUUCCCAAUUCCGUGCAGUCAGCAAAUCAUGGCUAUCCUCCAUUCCUCUCUUACAAAAUCUCUUCUCUUUCCGUAUCUAUAUUCCCUACUUAAUCCGUUACCAUCAUCACGCCAUACUCACUGAAAGCAGCAUCUACCUUAUUGCACCUCCUUCGUCAUCCAAUUCACAAGUUUCCACUUCCAUUCCGCUUCAUGGGGCUGGCUAUUGGAUUAUGAAGACGUCAUUCUGUAUGAGAAAAGAAUUCUGUGCUGUGGACAAGGAUGGAAGAGCAGUAAUAGUGAUUAAUAAUUCCUCUUUAGAGGUAAUAGAGAUUGCAUCUCCAUUGAAGGGUGAAAGAAACUGUCACAAAAAAAUCUUAGUGGAAUCAGCUGGGGAUCUACUUCUGGUUGAAAGAUUACGAAUACAGCCAUAUUUUAAGGGUUUCAAGCUGAAAGUAAAAGACAAAGAAUGGGUGGAGACAAAGAGCUUGGAUGACAGGGUCAUGUUUUUAGGUGGUGAUUGUUGCUUCUGCGUUGCUGCUAAAGAUUUCGGGAAUGGAUGCAAUGGUCGGUUUGAUUAUGAAGAUGGUAUCGUGUGUAAAAACAAAUUUUCUGCUGUGGAUAAAGAUGGAAGAGCUGUAGUGAUUGAUUCUUCUUUGAAUGUAACAGAGAUUUCAUCUCCAUUGAAGUGUAGGGGGAUCAAUCACACAAAGAUUUUAGUACAAUCGCUUACGGACCUUAUUUUUUUGAUUGAAAGGUUACAGAAGAGGACCAAUUUCAAGGUUUUUAAGCUCAAAGUGGAAGACAAAGAAUGGAUGGAGGUGAAAAGCUUGGAUAACAGGAUUAUUUUUUUAGGUGAUGACUGUAACUUCUGUGUUGCUGCCGAAGAUUUUGGCGAUGGAUGA